CUUGUCACGUGAUCUUGUUGCAUAGCGAUUAUUUUAGCUUCAAGCAUGGCCGAAUGUUUUUAUUAUUGUAAAUUGUAAAUGAUCGACACGAGGUUUUGGCAGUAGUAGGCCCUCUACAUGCUUUACCAUAUUUACAAAUAAUCUACAGGACAACAAUAAAAGAAUUCGUUUCGAACUUUUAUCACUAAAAACAAUGGAGAGUGGCGAUUCGGAGAUUUUUGUUCAUUCAUCAAAUUUCGAGUCGCUGAUUCAGGGCGGCUCUCAUUCCGUUUCGGCUCCUCAGUCAGAUUCUCAUUCAGAUACUCAUGAUUUUGAUAGUAAUAAAGCGGUUGAAGGCGAAGAACAUAAUGAUGACGAUAGUUUUGAGGAUGAAGAACUUCAAACAGAAACUGAAAUGGUCCUUAGCACAACAGCCAACAAUUCUUUCGAUGAAGGCGAAGCUGAUACUUGCGAAACACCAGCUGAUGUUGCAUUUGUAAAAACGAAAAAAGAACAAAAUAAAAUUGCUGAAAUUAUUGAAUCAACAAAACGUUUGCGAACUUCUUCUAUUGAGCUUAGUCGAAAACGUUUGCAAUCAUUUCCUGAAAUGUUGUUGGAUUUAUCUAAUUUGGAGUACAUGUAUCUUGAAGGCAAUGAAAUAGCAUUUUUACCUGAUGAGUUUUUCAAGUGUUUUCCUCAUCUUUUAUGGUUAGACCUGAGGAAUAAUUUAUUAAGUCGAAUACCAUCAAUGUAUCUUUCAUGCCACACAUGUCUUCGUAAUCUCCUGCUGGAAGGAAACAAUCUCCGUAACCUUCCAUUGGAGUUAGGUCUAGUCAAGAGUCUUCAUGGAUUAAAUAUAGCUGGAAACCCACUAGACUUUCCUCCACAGAUGAUCAUUGAGACAGGAACUCAAGGCAUCCUUCAGUUCCUCAGGGACAUGAUAGAUGCUAAAAUGUCUGCUAAAAUGUCUGAUUUAGACUUACAGUUAAGUGAAGACCACCCAGAUAGCCUUGAACAGAUCAGUGCCAGCUCUGAUGAUUGGAACACAACAGCUAGUAUGAUGGACAUAGCUAGAAUAAGGGCUCAGGUGUCUGCAGCACAACAUUAUGGAGCGUCCACAGAUUCUGAAGUCAAACCUUCUAUUUCUCAACUUAAUGAAAGACAUCAUAAAAAGAACAAACUCAAGAAAACUGGAGAGCUUCCUCCUUUAGAGCGAAUUAAACAAAUGAAAGAGAGCAAGAUGGCUUGGAAAGUGAAUCACUUUCCUUCACCCCCCACACAAGAGUAUGUAACUUUUAAAAUGAAUGAAGAAAAGCAGAUGGCAAGAGUAAAAGAAUUUCAAGAAAAAACAGAUGCAAUUUUACAGCGAAGAAAGGACGAUGCGAUGCUUAAAAACUGGAGAGAGGAAGCAAAAAUACUACAACAGAAAAAAUAUUCAAAGCAUUUUGUGCCUGGAGAAGAUUUCAAAGAACCAGUAGAACAAGCACCAUUUGAUAUAGAUCCUGAUAUGAAGAGAGUUCUUUCUAAAGAGGAGCGUUUGAAGGCAGAUAUACAGAAAGAAAAGAAGUUAAAAGAACAAAGAAAUCUUUCCCCUGCCACUCGUCAUAGGAUAGAAGAGGAAAAACAGGCUAGAAUUUGUGAGCUUGAAAAAAGAAUUAAGGAUCUCACAGCUGGGAUGGUAGAGAGAAGAAGACAGCCUAAAGGUUCUCCUCAACAGGAAAUGGAAAUCGCAAGGAGGGAAAUGGAAAUGGUAAAAAAUUUACAAAGAGGUCUGAUGCAACGUUACCAAGAACUGAAAGCAUGGACUACAGGUCAAAGAAUUACAGAGAUCAUUUUUCUAGACCAGCAAGUGCAGGUUUUAGAUUUUAGGCAUAGGAUGGCUGAAAAAAUGCAUGCGGAGUUACUGGAAAAAAGAAAAGACAUGGAGUACCGGUUUAAAUCUUAUUGUUAAAUGAUGAGUGAGAGUACAGAUAUUUCAGUGUUUUCUUCUGAAAUUUGAUUUGACUGUGAUAAUAAAGACAAUUUUACUGCUAUUAUGCCACAAUAACAAAACAAAAAAAAAAAAA